AUGAGACAGCAAAUGGAAAAAGGAAGAAAACAUCCACGUAAAUUUGAACCAAAUGAUUUGGUUCUUAUUCAAAUUUCUGAAGUUGACGAUGCUGGUAUUGAUUGCCAAUAUAUACCCUGUAAAGUGUUGAAAUUCACUGAGAAUGACACAUACAUUUUAGGAUGUCAAUAUGGAAGAUUAAACGAAUAUUAUUCAGCUAUCGAAUUAGUUCCUAUUAUUGGAACUUUUAGAGAAUACUCUGAGCUUGUAAAUAUUCUAAACAAUUGUGUAAGUGCCUGUAAAGCUGCUAUCCAACAAAGCUCUGGCUCUAUAACUGCUACAAAAUGCCUUUGCAAAG